AUGUACCGCCAAAUGGUUUUGCUAAGCACGAUGGAUAGAAUUAUGUACGAUUCUCAGCGACAGGGUCGUAUAUCCUUUUAUAUGACGAAUUAUGGCGAAGAAGCAACGCAUUUUGGUAGUGCAGCCGCACUCGACCCUCAUGAUGUUGUAUUUGGCCAGUAUCGUGAAGCAGGAGUUUUGCUAUACCGUGGCUUUACGCUAGACGAUUUUAUGAAUCAGUGCUAUGCUAACACUCUAGAUAUUGGAAAGGGUAAACAAAUGCCUGUACACUAUGGCUCAAAAGCGCUCAACUUUGUAACCAUUUCAUCUCCAUUGGCUACUCAAAUGCCACAAGCAUCUGGGGCUGCAUACGCUCUAAAAAGAAGAGGGGAUAGAAAGUGUGUUAUCUGCUAUUUCGGUGAUGGCGCUGCAAGUGAAGGAGAUGCUCAUGCAGCCUUUAAUUUCGCUGCGACACUCUCAGCUCCGGUUAUUUUCUUUUGCCGAAACAAUGGUUAUGCCAUCUCUACUCCAACUAGUGAACAGUAUAAAGGAGAUGGCAUAGCAAGCAGAGGUAGCGGUUAUGGUAUGGCGGUUGUACGCGUUGAUGGUAAUGACCUCUUUGCUGUGUAUGUGGCAACAAAAGCAGCUCGAAAAAUUGCUGUGGAAGAAAAUGCUCCUGUUUUAGUCGAGGCCAUGACGUACAGAGUUGGACAUCAUAGCACCAGCGAUGAUUGGUCUGCUUAUCGAGGAGCCGAUGAAGUAUCUCACUGGGACAAGAUCGAUCAUCCCAUUAUUCGGCUGCGAUUAUUCCUUACAAAGCAAGGUUGGUGGAAUGAUAAUCUUGAAAGCGAAUUAAAGAAAGAAUGCAGAGAAGGCGUUAUAAAUGCCAUGAAAAAAGCUGAAAAAAUUCAAAAGCCAAACUUGUAUGAAGUCUUCAAUGAUGUCUAUGAUGGUAUGCCGGAGAUCUUAAAGGAACAAUAUAAAAACUUGGAAGAACAUUUAGAAAAGCACCAAGAUGAAUAUCCGUUGGAUAAAUUUGAAAGAUAA